UGUAGUUGUCUGUGCCUGGCCACACUUCUAGUCUCUCCCCUCCUCUAGCCUUGGAUGAUAGACAAAUCAAAUCAGUGGAGUGACUGGCCUGGCCUCUCACCUCUAAUCUCUUUCUCUUCUCUCUCUUCAGAUAGACAGACAGACGUACUGUAGAUAGAGCUAUCAACGAUGGUGGUCCCUGGCUCUCAACACAAGAUGUACCAUCCUCCGAAGGAUUUGCAGAAGGAUGCUCAUGUGCCUGACUUCGACCGUUAUCUGGAACUUUACAGGAAGUCUAUUGAGGAGCCGGACGUAUUCUGGAAAGAGGUUGCUAGUGAUUUCUAUUGGAAGAAACCUCCUACGGGUCAGAUUCUGCAGUAUAACUUCGAUGUGACCAAAGGGAACAUCUUUGUGAAGUGCAUGGAGGGAGCCACAACUAACAUGUGCUACAACGUCCUGGACAGGAACGUGAAGGACAAGAACCUUGGUGAACGAGUGGCAUUCUACUGGGAGGGUAACUCACCUGCUCACCACGAGGCCAUCACCUACAGUCAGCUGCUUGGACAGGUGUGCAGGUGUUCCAACACUCUGAAGCAGAUGGGAGUGAGGAAGGGAGACAGGGUGGCCAUCUACCUCCCUAUGAUUCCAGAGCUGGUGUACACCAUGCUGGCCUGCACCAGGAUAGGAGCGGUCCACUCCAUCGUGUUUGCAGGUUUCUCCGCUGAGUCUCUGUGUGAGAGGAUCAUGGAUUCCCAGUGUAGUAUCCUGGUGACUGCAGAUGGUGUGUACAGAGGGGAGAAGUUGAUCAACCUGAAACAGAUAGCAGACGAGGCUCUGGAGAAAUGUAGGGAGAAAGCAUCCGCCACUGUUACAAGAUGUUUAGUAGUGAAACAUCUGAGGACACAAGAUGCAGAUGUUUCCAACAAAUUGCAGACCCCGUGGGAUGCUGCAUGUGAUGUGUGUUGGGAGGAGGUGAUGGGACAGGUCUCAGAGCAGUGUGAACCUGAGUGGCUGGAUGCAGAGGAUCCUCUCUUUAUACUUUAUACCAGCGGAUCUACUGGCAAACCAAAGGGUGUCCUCCACACAGUAGCAGGCUACCUGCUCUACACCUCUCUGACCUUUAAGUGUGUGUUUGACCACCAGCCAGACGAUGUGUACUGGUGUACCGCAGAUAUAGGAUGGAUCACCGGACACUCCUACAUCACCUAUGGACCCCUGGCCAACGGGGCUACCAGCGUACUGUUCGUGGGUAUUCCAGUCCACCCUCACGUUGGGCGUUUCUGGGAGGUGAUUGAGAAGUACAGAGUGACCAAGUUCUACACAGCUCCCACAGCCAUACGCCUCCUGAUGAAGUACGGAUUAGAUCCAGUACAGAAGUACGACCUGUCAUCGCUGAGGAUUCUGGGUACUGUAGGUGAGCCCAUCAACCCGGAGGCGUGGCAUUGGUACCACGAGGUGAUUGGUCAGAAGAGAUGCCCUGUGGUGGACACCUUUUGGCAGACCGAGACGGGUGGCCAUGUUUUAACUCCUUUACCUGCCGCUACACCUCUGAAACCUGGAUCAGCUACGUUUCCUUUCUUUGGCGUGGAGCCCACCAUACUGAACGAGCAUGGAGAGGAACUGGAGGGAGAGGCAGAGGGCUAUCUGGUGUUCCGUCGGCCCUGGCCUGGUAUCAUGCGUACCCUGCACGGAAACCAGGAGCGAUUUGAGAGCACGUACUUCAAGAAAUUCCCAGGUUUCUACGUGACCGGGAUGGGCUGCAGGAGGGAUAGAGAUGGAUACUACUGGAUCGCAGGCAGGAUAGAUGACAUGAUCAACGUGUCAGGUCACCUGUUGAGUACAGCGGAGGUAGAGGCAUCUCUAACAGACCACGGAGCGGUGGCCGAGGCUGCAGUGGUCAGCAGACCCCACACGGUCAAGGGGGAGUGUCUCUACUGUUUCGUUACUCUGAAGGACUGCAGAGAGUUCAACCGCACUCUGGUGGACGAACUCAAGAGACGAGUGAGGGAGAAGAUUGGUCCGAUCGCAACCCCAGACUUCAUCCAGAACGCUCCUGCACUUCCUAAAACACGAUCUGGUAAGAUCAUGAGGCGGGUCCUGAGGCAGAUCGCCCGGAACGAGAAGGAUCUAGGUGACCUUUCAACUAUGGCUGACCCCAAGGUCGUAGAGGUCCUGUUCAACCACCGCUGUGAAACGGCCUCUUGAGGGGGCUGCAUGUCAACACUCUACAGUAGCUUCCUCUCCUCGACACCUCAUCUCCUCUCCUCGUCUCCUCAUUUCCUCUCCAUCCACACCGAUCUGAAAACUACGGAAGCUCAUUCCUGCCACCAACUCUUAAAAAAAAUGAGUUUUUUUAAAUAAUAGAACAUACAGGAUAUAUUUCUUAAUUUGUAGCAGUAUGUAUCUAUCCACGUUGCAGAGUUCAGCACAGCAGGGUGGUCGGCAGAUGUGUGGCGAGCUGGCAUUUACCCCAACACCUUUUCAAUUCAGUUUAAUAAAAAAUAUUGACACAAAAGCAUUGAAGAUUACUGUUGUUUAGAAUGAUUUGCCUUUAUGAUUUGUCAACUCGUGCUUCAGUCUGAUCAACUGUAGUCUACUGAUAACAGCUACAGGUGGCCUAGAGAAACCUAUGCACUCUGGUCUCUUCUGGCCAGGUGAAACGAAGUGGUAAUGUGGUGUUUUUAUAGCCAAAGCUUUGUAUUUAUAGCCUAAAAUAGGCCUACUUUAUUUGUGUUAAGAGAAAAUGUGACUGUGAUCAAAUUAGAUUUUUACAUUUUCCGACUUCGGGUGGCUCGUCUACCCAGACCGUAUCAAUCCAAAAUGAUUGACUGAAAUCAAUCGAUGAACACAAUAGUGAUGACAUAGUGUAUGAGUCACUUUUCAAUUACAGAUGUUAAAAGGCCCACACUGUGUAACCGUGCAUACAGUCAGCCCCUGUUGGUUCUAUUGGCCAAUCACAGUUGUUGAUUACUAGGAAAAACCCUCCUGUGGUGCCACCUCUGAAAAUCACCCCCGCAGAGAGACGGAUGAAGAAGCAUGCUCUACAAUCUCAACCGUAAUUUUUUUUUAGUAUCUCAUCAUAAAAAUAAAUGUGGUUGGCGGGAAUGGGCUUUCUGCAGAAAACACAGGUUAUAUAAUAUAAUAAUAAUAAUAUAAUAAUAAUAAUAAUAAUAAAAAUAUAAUAAUAUAUAUAAUAUACAACAGGAAACAUGGUGGAGGGGUAUUUUCUUUCUUAUCAUUCUGUCACUUAUUCAGCGUCAUUCUAGGAAGAUUGAGGUGAGGAAGCUACGUUAGACACCCAGAGAGUCCCCCUUCCAGUCCCUUCUGAUGGUGCAGAUUUAAUUCACAGUCCCUAAGUGCUGAUCCCGAAUCAGCCUUAAAUUAUUUUUGUGUGGUCUGUUUGGAGGAUGGGGAUUAUUAGUGGUUGGAGGACAGAUCCUAGAUCAGAUCUUAUGGGAACGACUGACUUCGAUGUUGUCUAUGUAAGGGAAUUACAGUCAAUUCAAGUGCCAAUCCCAAGGGCUCAAAGAGCUGGGAGACUGGGAGACCAGUCAGCUCUGCACAGUUCUUCCAUCACAUGAUAAUUAUUCCCAGGGAGACCAGUCAGCUCUGCACAGUUCUUCCACCACAUGAUCAUUAUUCCCAGGGAGACCAGUCAGCUCUUUGCACAGUUCUUCCAUCACAUGGCUUGUAUUUGAUUGGACGUCUUUGUAUAUUUCAACUUUGAGAUUUUAUGAUUUGAGAAUAAAACUGUUUAAUUUA